CAUACGAUGUUGUGGAUGUCUAUAAAAUAAAAUAUAGCUUGCAGCUCACAGCAGCACAAAUGUUCAUGUGUGACUUCUUGAAUAACAGAAGGCCGAACAUUACAGGUUGGGGGUUCGAUUCCCACCUCCACCUUGUGUGUGUGGAGUUUGCAUGUUCUCCCCGUGCCUCGGGGGUUUCCUCCGGGUACUCCGGUUUCCUCCCCCGGUCCAAAGUCAUGCAUGGAACAUAAUGAAUCUGCAGGAAUACUUCAGAAGGAUCGGGUUCGGCGGCGUGUACGAGAAACCCGACUUGGUCACGCUCCGCGCCGUACACGAGCUGCACGUGAUGAGCGUCCCCUUCGAGAACUUCAGCAUCCACUGCGGAGAGCGGAACACCAUGGACCUGCAGAUCAUUUAUGAGAAGAUUGUGAGAAACCGUCGUGGAGGAUGGUGCUGUGAAAACAACCUUCUCUUCUCCUGGGUGCUCAGAGAGAUGGGCUACAAAUACACCAUGUUGGGCGCUAAAGUCUUCAACACGCUCAAAAAUGACUUUAAUCCUAUGGAUUCCCACCUCAUUAACAUGGUGGAGAUCGAAGGCAAGCCGUAUAUAGCUGAUGUGAGUUUUGGAGUGUCGUACCAGAUCUGGUACCCGUUAGAAAUGAUUGCAGGUAAAGAUCAACCACAGCCAUCAGGGAUCUUCCGCCUGAUGAACGACGGUGAGACUUGGAUGCUGGAGAAGAUCGGAAGAAAGCCACUGGUCCAGAAUGAAGCCUUCGCCAGUUCCAGCCUCGUCGACAAACGCCAGACAAAAACGAUAUACUCUUUCGUAUUAACUCCACGUGGGAUUGAUCAUUUCCUAAACACAAGCGAGUACCUGCAGACCAGCCCCGAGUCUCUGUUCACCCAGAAAUCCAUCUGUUCCCUCCAGACCCCAACUGGGUUCAGAGCUCUGAUUGGUUGGACCUACUGUGAAGUCACUUUUAACCCUGACGAAGACACGGACCUCAUCGAGAUGCGAGAUGUAGCUGACAGUGAGAUAGAGACUAUACUAAAGGAAAAGUUCAACAUCGUUUUAGCUAAUAAACUAACGGCAAUAAAUAACAAAGCUACAUAUAAACUAUAAGGCAUUUAUAUCACACAUAUCUAAAUACCAUGACUUGGUUUUAACCGCUAACGGGCAUUCUGAAUUUUCAGUGCUUAUUUAUCUCAUCUUUUAACAUCUGGCCGUCUGGCUAUAGUCUCGUCCACUGGACUCGAUCUGGAUCUGGCACUUCAUUUUUAGAGGGCUGGGGAUUUCUGAAUAAUUAGCCACAAAUCUACAAUAAUACCCAGUCGACCACAGACAACAACAAAGCUUCACUUAAACUAUAGAACAUCUCUAAUGAUUUAGAUGUUUUAGUUGAUGUGCAAUAUGAAAUUUUCUAGGCAUAAAUCAGUGUUACUCACUGCGCGGCUCGCGAGACUCCUGCGGCUCGCCGAGCUUUAAUAUGCGGCUCGCAUGGCAGUAAAUAACACGAUGAUAUGAUCAUGUGGUUAAAAUGUAUUUUUCAUUUAAAUAACAUUAAAAACAAUCAGGGAUAGAAAAACGAAUGUGCUCUAUUACAAAUAAUAAUAAUAUAUUUAUAUAUAUUAUUUGACUCGUCACUGACUCACUGCGUUCUGCGCAAUAGCCAGUUUUUGGCGGCCUGCCAGAAGCUAGUUUGUGUUUCAUGCUAGUUAACAACUUGUGUUUACUGAACACACACGGACUAAAAAAUGGAUCGAUUUCUUAUCAAACAAUCCCGCACACAAAAUGAACAGCAACAAAGCAAUGUGACAGUGACAAAAGAGGUAACUGAUGGGGAGCAUGCGUCAUCCGCGACUCGAGUAAUUAUUGUAUUGCGAUAUCGUACAUUGUAUUUAAGCAGAUAAGCUAUUUAAGACUGAAUAACUUGGCAUACUUUGCGGUGAAAGUGGCUCUCAUAUUGACUUUGUCCUAUCAGUGUGGCUCACAUGAAAAAAAUAGUGAAGACCACUGGCAUAAAUCAUGGAAAAUGUUAUAAUCAUGAUACCAUCACGACUGACUCCAGUAUGUCUUAAAGCAUCACUCCAAGACUGAAAUAAAGUUUAUUAUUAAUCAUC